UCAACCUGCUCUGAGAACCACAGCAAUGACAUUAUUCCUGGUGUUGCUAUUCCUGGCCGCUGGGCUGCUUCCGUGCUUUCCUGCAGAUGGAUAUGAGGAUCCAGAGUUUGCUUCUGUAUUAACCUCUCGAAAAGAAGUGCAAAGGGAGAUCGUAGACAAACACAAUGAACUGAGGAGAGCAGUCUCUCCACCUGCCAGCAACAUGCUAAAGAUGGAAUGGAAUAGUCAGACUGCAGCAAAUGCCCAAAAGUGGGCAAACCAGUGCACGUACCAACACAGUACCGCACAGUUUCGAAGAACCAACGUAAGCUGUGGUGAGAAUCUCUUUAUGUCAAGCGCCAUCACUUCCUGGUCAUCUGCCAUCCAAAAUUGGGAUGAUGAGAAAUAUGACUUGAUCUUUGCUGUAGGGCCAAAGACUCCCAAUGCAGUGGUUGGACAUUAUACUCAGGUUGUUUGGUACUCUUCUUACCUCGUUGGAUGUGGAUUUGCCCACUGCCCCAAUCAAAAUCCUCUAAAAUUCUUCUUUGUUUGCCAGUAUUGUCCUGCGUAA